GUUCUCCGUCCGCCGAUCACCUCCCCCAAGGCCGGUGAUGUCUGGACAGUCGGAACGACGCAGACCGUCACUUGGAACACGACCGGGAUUCCCGCCAGCGUGGGGAACCCGAUCGGUGGCAUGCUCCUCGGGUACCUCGAGGAUGGCCAGCAGCAUCUCGACACCGGCAUAUUUAUAUUCCAGGCUUUGACUAGUACUUGCGGUCAACAACUCAAUUUGGACAUAGAAAACCCGCUUGCAGAGGGUUUCCUGAUCACGGCUGGCUCGGUUGAAGUCACUGUCCCGCAGGUGGCCACCCGCGAUGACUACAUUGUCGUAUUGUUCGGCGACUCUGGCGACGUCUCCCCUGAGUUCACCAUC